AUGGCGAAUGAAAACUCUGAGCAGGAAACACCUGUAACUGUAACUGAUACCUCGCAAAUCUCGUCGGAGGAUGAAUUUGAAGAAGGAAUCUCAGUUCCAAUCACUCAUCCUCUGUUUCUGGCAUCCACUGAUACGAGUGGAAUUUCUCUGAUCUCCUUUCAACUAACAGGGACAGACAACUUCUCGUUGUGGUAUCGAUCUAUGAAAAUUGCUCUUCUAGGUCGAAAUAAGCUCGGAAUGGUUGACGGAAGGUGGAAGAAGGAAAAAUUUCGAGAAAAAUACUGGUACCAGUGGGAGAGAUGCAAUGCAAUUGUCUUAUCGUGGCUGAUGAAUGCUGUAGCACUGGCCUUGAUCAGUGGAAUUGUUUAUGCAACUAAUGCACACACCGUGUGGAUGGAUCUACAAGAGCGCUUUGACAAGAAGCUAUAUCAGUUCCUUAUGGGAUUGAAUGACUCAUACUCACAAGCUCGUAGUCAGAUUCUUGUGAUGAAACCUGUUCCUUCUGUGAAUCAAGCUUAUGCUAUGCUAAUGAGCGAGGAAAGUCAAAGAAAUGUAGCAGGAUCAACAUGUAUUUUAGGUGCUGGAUCUAAUGUCAUUAGUGGUCACUAUGAAUCUACAGCACUAUACAGUUCCAAGGCUGAUAAUAGACUAAAACGCAGAAAGAAUUUCAAUCUAUACUGUGACUUCUGUAAACUAAAAGGUCAUAGCAAGGAGAAUUGCUAUAAAAUAGUUGGUUAUCCAGCUGACUACAAGUUUAAGAAGAAAGGGGGAGCUGGUGCUUAUAAUGCAGUAGCUGAGUAUGGUUCAACAUCUAGUAACUACAAUGCACCACCUGAACUAAGUCCCUACACACAGCCUAGUGGACAGCCAAGCCCUGGCUUUCAGAUGACUACUAUGCAGCCAAGAUCUGUUCAAACCUUGCAACACAACAGUCACACUGCCAAUAUGGAAUUACAACCACAACAUGGAAGAGGUGGUGCCUUUCCUUUUACCAAGGAACAGUAUGACCAGAUUAUGCAAAUUUUGAAUAGCAAUACAGUCAGCUCUACCUCAGCAAACAACAACAGUCCUACAUCUACAUCUCAGGCUCAUGCAGCAGGUACUAGUGUUCUCUUGCCAAAUGGAGAUGUCACACAAGUAACUCAUGUUGGAGAUAGCCAGAUAUCAAACAACAACACACUAAAAGAAGAGCUCUUCAAUGGCAGGGUGAAGGAGAUUGGUAGAGAAAGAGAUGGCUUGUACUUUCUACAACAACAUGGAAAUAAGAGGUUGACUGUUGUGUCCUUGGCAAUUAUUAACACAAAGGCUGAUCUCUCAUUCCUUGCUUUUGUUCACACUCAGUUCAAUAAAAUAGUUAAAAUGGUGAGAUCUGACAAUGGCUCUGAGUUUCUAAAUUCAGUGUGUAAAACUGUCCUCAAUAAGCUUGGUAUUCUUCAUCAAACCACUUGUGCAUACACUCCACAGCAGAAUGGGGUAGCUGAGAGGAAGCACAGGCAUCUCCUAGAAAUCACCAGAGCUCUGAGGUUUCAAGCUCACAUUCCUAUAAGGUUUUGGGGUCAUUGUGUUAUCACUGCAGCCUACUUGAUCAACAGACUACCAUCUUCAGUGUUGAAAGGAUGUUCACCUUAUGAGCUGCUGUACAAGAGGAGGCCUCAGCUAGAACACCUUAGGACUCUAGGCUGUUUGAGCUUUGCUAAACAAGUGCAGGAGACAGACAAACUUAUGCCUAGGGCCAAGCCUGUUGUUCUCAUGGGGUUUUCAGAUAUUCAAAAAGGCUAUAUUCUCUUAGAUAUUUCUACACAACAAUUCUUUGUCAAUAGAGAUGUUGUCUUCUAG